AUGGCGUUAACUGGAUGGAUGAAGGACCUCUGUUGUAUCACCUACCGACAGAAUAAUUCAUUCAUCUACCUUACCACAUUGGAGUACCUUCCAAACCUUGGUAGCUUGGGGAAGUUAUGGGUUACCAAGAAUAUCUCCCAGCUUGCCAAAAAUGGAUGCAAGGUAUAUACCAAUUGGUGCUUGAUUCCAAAGGAAGGUAUCCAGCAUGGAGACCAGGGAAUCAGAGAAUCAAAUAGUCAUUUGCCAAGUACUCAGAACAAGUCUACUCUCAUUUCAGACCAGAAGGAAUCAGAGCCUACUAGGCUUCCCCCCAUUAUCUCAAAAGAUGGGAAUUAUUCCGUGCACCAGAAUAGCCACACAAGAUACCACGAAGCUGUCCGGAAGGUGUUGUUGAAGACAUUUCCCAAUCAGGUCUUCAGAAUCCCCUUGACUGAUGCUCAGAACUUCAGCUUCUGGCAGUCCCAUGAUCCAGGAGUGCGUCCAGAGGAAACCAUGCCAUGGAUCCGGAGCCCACGCCACUGUCUCAUAAAAAGCGCGAUGACCAGGUUUAUGGAUCACUCUAUUCUCAAUGACAGAAACUUCAGUCUGUAUUAAGAAGAUAUGGCUGCAGAAAGACAAGAGGAAUUGUGGCAAGAGUGCAAAGGGGGGGAAAGAAGGAGGUUUUCCAGUUCCGAUGGCUAACUGAUGGGAGGAGGAUAUGGAGAAAGCAGAGUAAACAGAUCGGACUAAAA